UUGAACUCAUAUCUCAUAUGAACGCAACAUGGGACAGGAUAAUUAUCUAUUUGUUAUUGCAUUUCUUAUUGUACACGCGAAUAUCUCAAUGAGCUUCUUUACAUGUGGACCCGACCUAAAAUGUUCAUGCACGACGAGGCCGUCAGGAGCGAUUGCAAUGGAUUGUAAAGCAAGAAAUGUCAAACUUCGUCAGGUUUGCGAAAAUAUUGCGCAAAUAUACCCAAAUGUGUCAGAUCUUAAUAUUGCACGAAACAACAUUGGUAGCAUCAAUGCCAAAGAUAUGAACCACUGUCGAAACAUCAGUAGUUUGAAUAUGAAUUACAACCAGAUCUCGUCUCUGCGUAGUGGUGUCUUAAAGGAUUUUCGGAAUAUAUUGACACUGGAUUUGAGCGAAAACGUGCUCGACAUUUUCAACAAUACGGCGUUUGACCCAAGCGUGCUACCAUCAUCUCUGAGAAUCCUCAAACUCUACGGCAAUUUUCGAGAGGAUAGCAAGCUUGAAAGAAGCUUUGCCUACCCAAAUUUUACUAAGUUAAGGAACCUUGCGAUGUUGCAGAUGGAUGGCAUUGAAACAGAUUUCGGUCUGGAAUAUGAAAACAGCAGCGUCAAAAAUUUAACUCUUUCAUCCCAAGGACCUUUAGGAUUCUGUUCCAUAAAGGAAAUCUUUCCGACAACUUUCCACUCGCUUGCAAAUAUACGUGUUCUAGAUAUAUCCUCGUGCAGAAUUGAAAAUAUUUACAGAGAUGCAUUUAAACACAUGAAGUGUCUUGAAAUACUGGAUCUUUCUUUGAACAGACGUCUAGGAUUUAGCUCUCUGAAGAACAUUACAUAUUCGCUUCAGUUUACAAAUAUUCAAUUUGUGAACUAUUCGCGGGUUUAUACUUCAUUUGGCGUUGGAACUAUUAUUUUGAAUAGAGAUAUAUGCUACCUACGGAAUACCUCUCUGAAAGCAGUCGCCUUUGAUGGCAACAAUAUUGAAAUGAUAGAAAAGAACACAAAUUUGUUACUUCCGAAGCACUUGGAAACAAUUUAUGGACAAGAGAAUACAUUCACUUUUGGAUUAUACCUUUUUCAAUUUGGUUGCCUUGAAAACGUUUUACAUAUUCAUGCAAAUAACCAAAACAAAAUGCACUCACCUAUUAAAUACUUUGCAGAACCAACAUCAAAAAACGACAACGAUCGAAAUAGGGAUUCAGAAUGCCCAUUCAUGACGGAAGAAAGUUUGAAGUCCAUUGCGAAAGAUAUCCAUGAUUGUACGUAUUUUCCAGCAAAGGAAACAGUUGCUGAGAUGAAACCGCAGUUUUCUAGGUCUCUCAAAAGCAUUUAUUUCUCCGGCUGCAACUUGGUUUACAGCAUUGACAAUACGGAUAUAAAUAUAAGCCCAUCAAAUAAUACUAUUGAAGUAUUAGAUUUUUCGAAAAACGCUUUCCAUUCCUUGAGCGGCAGAAUUGGGCCAUUUCCAAAUCUGAAGUUUUUGUCACUCUCCCGUUCUUACUGCUCUUUCAUUAGUUCUGAAAUUUUGUCGAUGGUCAAACUUGAAAACCUUCAGCUCGAUCAAAAUUAUUUGGGAGAAAUGUUUGCACAUCAGGGUCGAGGAGACACGUUUGAAUAUCUAACACAUUUGAAAACGCUUAACCUUUCAACCAACCGCAUAACCCGCUUACAUAAGAAUAUAUUUAGCCGUCUCAAAAAUGUUGAAAACAUUGAUUUAAGCAGUAAAAACAUCGAAAUGUUUGACGUCCAUGUAACGUCUUUGAAAAAUCUGCUUCAUUUGAAUCUCCAAGGCAACACAGUUCAUAAACUGAAUCAUAAAACAAGACAACUUCUCGAAGACAAUUCAAUGCGAAUAGGAAAGAAUUUUACCCUGGAUUUGCGAAACAAUUCAAUCGAAUACAGUUGUAGCAAUCAACAGUUUUUGUACUGGUUGCUUGAUCAUAAAGAAAGGUUACAAGGUUUUCAUGAGAUGGUUUUCUAUAGGUUAAAUGGAAGCUCUGUAGAUUCGACUGCAUUUCUGCGCGAAGUACCCCAUUUGCGUGCUCAAUGUAGAUCAUAUACAGUUGCAAUUGUAUUGUCUGCUUUGGGUGUAUUGUCAGCCUGUGCAAUUAUCAUUGCAGUCAUUUUGUACAAAAAGAGAUGGAAACUUCGAUAUUGGUACUACAUGACAAAGCAAAAUUACUUUGGCUACCGGCGAUUAGUAAACGACUACAAAGAUGAUGAUUACCGAUACGAUGCGUUUAUAUCAUAUUCUGACCAUGACUUACAUUUUAUACGUGACGAGAUUAUACCAAGACUGGAGAACAGAGGGAUGAAGCUGUGUGUACACCAACGGGACUUCCUACCUGGCAUACCGAUAACGGACAACAUAGUGGAUGCGAUACGCACAAGCAACAAAACGGUGGUGAUUCUCUCUAAAACUUUUGUGAAGAAGCAGUGGUGCAUAUUUGAGUUUAACAUGGCAAGAAUGGAAAGCAUUGACAAGCGUUUAUGUGAGAAUGGGUGUUUAGUGAUUGUACUGUACGAGAAUGUUCCCGCGAAAGAAAUUCCGCUAGAAGUAAUGGAUUGGAUUGACAAUCAUUCGUACAUCAGGUAUACACGCGACCCGGACGGACAACCAUUAUUUUGGGAAAGUCUGACAACAGCCAUAGAACAUUGAUGUCCCUCAUAAAUUAAAUACAUAAUCAUUUGUAUCGUUACUGGUAUUUUAUUUGAGACAUACCUUGAUUUCUUUAUAUGGUUGAACGACAAAACAUAGAUGUUUUGUUGUAAUUUUGAUGCUAGCAUUGUUCAAAUGCAUAUACAUAUUGAUGGUUUUUAUGGAAGGUCCUUGUGGUUUUCAUUGUAAUGUUUUGAAGUAACGAUCGAGAACAUGACUGCGUUUUUUUUUUAAAUUGCAGAUUCAUAAUUGUAAUGUGCAUUAAUUCGUUAUGCUUUAUCCAAUUUGCAUUUUGUAAAUGUUUUGCUCUUGUAUCCCAUAAUUGUAUUUACAAAGGCGUGUAUAUAAACUUAUUUGUGUAUAAAGUGUUUGAUAAUAAAAAUCGA